GUCAUAACCAGAUCGGUAUGUCAUCAAAUCUGAUUGAAAAACCUACAACUACCUUGGAUUAUGUUCAGAUCAAUGACUAUGUCAAUACUGUUCCUAUGAACAUUAACACCUCUUCAGAUUUCUUAUUAUACCCGCCUAACCAUGAUGUUUUUCCUGAUGCUCCAAUUACUGCCUCAUCGCAUAUGAUUUUACCUGAUUAUCAAUUAACCCAUUGUCUUAAUAAAGCACCACUUACUAAUAAUGUGCAAACUUUUAAUUAUGAUUCAUCUCAUGAAAACAUUGGGCAUUUUGUCUAA